AUGUCUUUGACAAUCAGGAUAACUUUGUUGGUGAUGAUUCUGUUUGUCUACCAAGGUUUUAUAGGAUCGGAAAUAACUACAGUGGAGAAUUCCACCAAUUUACUAGAAGAAGGGUUCCAUCAAAUUUCGACUGCAAUACCAGAUGGAGAAUUCUUAGAGAAAUCCAACAGAGCUCAAAUUGUUUAUAAUGACUUAACGUAUUCUUCAAUGAAGAAUCCAUUAGAUGGACUCCUAAGCACGACUGUAGUCCCGAAUGAAGAACAUUCAGUGACCAAUGUUGGAACUGAGGUUACAGUCAAAAGCCCAUCAUCUACAAAACUUCAACCAAAUGACAACACCACUGAAGAAAACUCUGAACCAGUGGUACCGACAAUCUCGACAUCUGUGUUUCUUGAUGCGAAGGAUUUGAAGAUACUUGAAAAUACUUCGAUCAGAUAUGAACCUACAACAGAGGAACCAAAGGCUUUUGCAAAUGGAACUGCGUCUGGGGUCUCUUCAAAUACCAUGGAGUUGAAUAAUGACGGAUUAGUUUCAGCAACAGGGGACACAUCUGCAAAUGGAAGUGUUACAUCUGAGGUCUCUACGGAUGCCGUGGAGUUGAACUCAAGGAGUGGCGGAUUGGUUUCAACAACAGAGGACCCAAAAGUUUUUGCAAAUGGAACUUUUACAUCUGAGGUCUCUACAGAUGCCAUGGAGUUGAACUCAAAAAGUGACGAAUUAGUUUCAGCAACAGAUAACCCAAAAGCUUUUGCGAAUGGAAGUGGUUCAUCUGAGGCCUCUUCAGAAGACAAAGAUAUAUAUGGCAGUUUGGUAUCAGAAACAACGGAACGCAAGGCUGCUGUGAAUGAAAGUGUUACAACUAAAGCUUCUACAGAUGUCGUGGAUUCGGACGCUAAAUAUGACGGACUGAUUUCAGAGGAAGUAUGGAACCCUUUCAAUGACAUCGUUGGAGACAUGUGGCUUCCUAUCUGUGCUGUAGGCAUAGUUGCUAAUAUAUUUAAUAUAAUCGUGUUCAUGGAUCAGCGAAUGCGAAACGCAACAAGUUACUAUUUGACAGCAAUAAGCGUUUUUCAGAUUUCUUAUAUUAUAUCAAGCACAGUUACAAAAACUCAUCAACUUAUUUAUGGUGAUCUUGGACAAAGAUCCACGAAGUUUUUCUACGAGGGAGCAAUUUAUGUAAAUAAUUAUAUCGGGGUUGUUUUUUCUCGAGCAGGUUUUUGCAUGGUAAUGGUGGUUUCUCUUGAACGGAUGAUGGCGAUCGUGUUCCCAUUACGACGAGCUCGCUCCAGUUGUACACAAUGUUUUCUUUUGUUUUGGGGGAAGGCUGUUGAAGGCUGGAGACUCAAAGCAAGUGUUUGGAAAAGGUGGAAAGCCAAUUAUGAUCCCAAAAGACCAGAAGGGCGAAAUUUUUCGAUGGGGAAACCCCCUGUAGCUACAGAACUGGAAGGUGUAGAUAUAUAUUCAUAG